CGGUGUCGGUUCUGAAAAGGUAAAAGGUAAAUCUGACGCUUCACUUAGCGAGAUAAAAAAAUAUUGAAGAUACGCUAUGCCACUUUGAAAUCAGCAAGAGUUCAACACGUAUAUUAGUAAUUCAUAUAAACUGCAGCUGAGGAAAAGUGAGAUCUCGUCGUAUUUCCGUAGGCGCGCGGUUUCUCCGAGCGAAGGGGACUUUUACCACAGGGCGGUUGGCAAUUCUGGCUCGUCUGUUUCUACUUGGCCUACUAUCCGUAUUCCGCACGGGUUUUCGCAAUCACCGCGCGGAAUCGCGCGUAAAAACUCGCGUCUCGCGAUCGAUUAGGCUCGACAACGCGACUAAUGAACCUGGAUGCAAGGCGCUACAGUCGGCAACAGUCCAUGGCGGCAUCCCGUAAUCGUGAUCGUGUGAUUGACACCGAGGCGUCGUAGAAAAUCGGUGCGAUUGUCGUCGGAGAGGAUUAAUCGCGGCGAGUUUCUUCCACGUGAAAAAUGUCACGGUGCUAUCGACGAGGACGUCACCGCGUGUGAUUGAACGCGACAUCGUUGAAAAAUGAUCGACGAAAGAUGCAAGAAACCCAACGUACUCCCUCGACCUGAGAACUCGCGUGCAUGCGAGUAAAAUCAGUGCACGACAAGCGCGAAUGUUCGCGCGAGCAUUCCUUCUGUCAGUCGGAGUGAUUGACACACCUGAACCUUUGCCGAUGCAGAUAUUUGCAGAAGCGGUAGUAAUACCAAUACAAGAAGUAUAGAUUACAGACAUUCUGCCAAGAAGUUUUGCCAUUUUAAAUUGAAGUACACAUUCUGUUUCUAUCAUGGACGAUGAUAUGGACGAUAAAGAUGACACAAAGCGAAAAUCGCGUAAUCUCAGCGAAAAAAAACGCAGAGAUCAAUUUAACAUGCUUGUGAACGAGCUUGGGAGCAUGAUCAGUGCUAAUACACGGAAAAUGGACAAAUCUACAGUGCUGAAAUCGACGAUUCUAUUUCUAAAGAAACACAAUGAGAUAGCAGUUAGAUCGAGAGUUCAUGAGAUUCAAGAAAAUUGGAAACCGUCUUUUCUCUCCAACGAGGAGUUUACUCACCUUAUAUUGGAGGCAUUGGACGGAUUUAUAGUAGUUUUCUCCUCGAAUGGACGUAUUUAUUAUGUCUCCGAAAGUGUUACGUCUCUUCUUGGAUAUCUUCCGAACGAGUUAGAGAACACGACUAUUUAUAAUAUAACAUAUCAAGAAGAUCAGCCACACUUGUAUAAUGUCUUGUUGAAUCCUGGAAGCACGCGAGAUAAACGCGCUGUGAAAAAAGAAGACCAAAUAUCUUUCACGUGUCACAUAAAAAGGGGCGGACUCAAUUUUCAAGAAGAUUCUGUUUAUGAACUUGUACAAUUUAUCGGAUAUUUCCGGUCUGCUACGGAUAACGAUGUCGACAACCUACUGCCAAAUCAAAAAUUUAGUAACACCAACGCAUCAGACAACAAAUUAGUAUUCGUGGGUACAGGACGUCUUCAGACUCCACAACUUAUCCGGGAAUUAUCCGUGACAGACAGCACGAAGUCAGAAUUCACAUCCCGCCAUAGUCUGGAAUGGAAAUUUCUCUUUUUAGAUCACAGAGCGCCGCCCAUUAUCGGAUACUUGCCUUUUGAAGUUUUAGGCACUUCCGGUUACGAUUAUUAUCACGUGGACGAUUUAGACAAUGUCGUUACAUGCCAUGAAUCAUUGAUGCAGAAAGGCGAGGGAACAUCUUGCUACUAUAGAUUCCUUACGAAAGGUCAGCAAUGGAUUUGGUUGCAGACCAGAUUUUAUAUCACGUACAAUCAAUGGAACUCGAAACCAGAAUUUAUCGUGUGCACCCAUUACGUGGUUAGUUAUGUCGACGUAAUGAAGGAAUUGCGCGCGGAAUCGAGGGGUUACGAUAAAACGGAAAAUCAGGAUGUUUUAAUACCCGUAAAACAAGUUACAACAUCUUGUCAAACACCGUUGACGCAAUGGUCAAACAAAUCAUCGAAGACGUUAAAGUCGAUGACAAUCGCUUCCAAUCUUCAACAUUGCGGUGAUUCCAACACAUCUUCGAUAUCCGUCUCAUUACGAAGUUCCCCAUAUUCACAAACGCAUGGAUCACACUCGAACGCGGCUUCUGCAAGCAGUUCUGUAGUGUCAAAGCCGAUUACAUCGAUGGACAGCAGGCAACAGCAACAACGAACGCAACAGCAACCGCAACAGCAGCAAUCGCAACAUCAGCUGGAUGUCAAUCAAUCAUGUAUUAAUUUUGUAGAUCCCGCGCAAUAUGCAACUGUUAAUCUGCAGUCAGUAGUCACAGCGGGAUUUGCAACGCCUGCUGCCCCUAUUCUUUCAACCGUGCCUACUCACGAGAUGUUACAUCAGCAAGGCAUAGUGAUGACUCCUGCGCAGAAUCAAAUACAAGACGAAUUACAAAGGAAGCACGAAGAAUUACAACAGUUGAUCGUUCAUCAGCAGGAGGAACUAAGAAGAGUUUCAGAACAAUUGUUUAUAGCUCGAUACGGGAUUCUUACACCACUAUUAAAUGCGAGUAUAUCAUACAAUCCAUCGAAUCCGUGUCAACAAGCGAAUCGAUGCAACACUAACAAUACUAACGUACAGUUGCCCAAUUCCAAUAGCGUACAAGGCGUUAAUGUACUUCCCAUACCAAUCACCGUGCCAGUGCCUAUAGUGCCUACGGAAUUAUUUUCUCAUUCCUUGCAAAUGAGUCCAUCGCCGAACUCGACGCAUGGCAAUGUAAAUGCUAUAAUUCAAACCCAACAACAGCAACAACAGCAACCGGUACCACCACAGCAGGAAGGUAAUCCCGAUCUCGUGUCUUUUCAAAUCUGCCCGCAACAAGACGAAAUGAUCUACGCUAACAUAGAUGCGUCCUCGAAUCAGCAGUAGAGAUCAUCGUAAAAUUAAAGACUUUUUGUGACUCCAAUUGUAUCCAUCGUAAUAGGCAAGAAAUUGAUAAUUAUUUUUUUAAACUUUUCUGAUUCUACUGCAUUUACCUAUCGCAGUGGAGGAAUUGCCAAAUAAUACCUAUUGCCAUAGUUGCAAUUGUUUUUCUAUUUACAGGAAAAAUGCAUUUACGGAAAACGUGUGUUUGUGUGUGUGUCUCUCUUCACGAGUGUACAAAAAUAUUCAAAAAAUUAUUAUGGUAAUUGUGUUUGUGAUAUAUCGCAUGCACACAGAUAUUACAUAAACUGUAAUAUAAUAUACUGUAAUAUAAUUUUGACGUUUUAGCGCAAUAAUGUGCAAUUUUUAAUAUAUUGACGUAUUUAUGUUUAACUCGACAUAUAAAACUGUGCAUCAAAUGUGAAUUAAUGGAACACGAGACUACUACUUUACAAUUGUUGUAUUUUUGUUUUAUAUAAUCGUAUCUAUAUAUUUUUCUCAAUCAGUGGAAUUUUAUUCAUAAAGACUUUCAUACUUAUGAAAAGGACAAAUCGACAUCUUUCAAUUAUAAAACUACAACACGAUGUUUAUAUAAAGAAACGCUAUAUGUGCCACUCUAUAUGUGUAUUGUACAAAAUCAGAAUUUGAGGAUUUAAACACUGCAAAGUAAUCUACGAUGAGCGAGAUAAAAGAUAAUAAUUUUAUUAAUUGUGUACUUUUACCAAUUAUAAUCCUGGUAUUUUUCAAGCCUAUGAUCGUACCAAUCCUCUUCGUAUAAGUGAUGAUCUUUAAUUCUCACUUAUCUGCCGUAAAGAGAAUAUUAUUUAUGUCUAUGUAAUGUGAAGAGAGAUAUCCUAUAAACAAAAAGUUACUGUGGGAGGAAGCGCGCGAUG